AUGGCAGAAGUUAAAGUGAAUCGACUGAAUGGAGCCCCUAUAGACACCAGCCCAAUAGCCUCUCCAACAUCCAAGACCCCUCCCUCCCCCACCAGACCUGCAGAAAAUGGAGGGGUUUUUACCGAGACAGACACCAAGCCUGCUGCCAACUCAUCUACAUCCAAUGGCUUCAGUGGGUCAACAUCCAGCUUCACCAAGAGGCCUUCAGAGAGCUACAAGAGAAUUUGUACUGACAAACCACCAGAAACCUCCCUGACCACAGAUGUUACAUCUUUUGUGGCUAAAAGGGUGGUGAUCACAGACAAUGAUGACUCUGUCUUCACCGAGACUGCCUCUGUCCCCAAAGAACCAGCUGCACUAUCUGUGAAAGGCGUCCCUCCUGUUUGUGUGAAAGACGUCUCUCCUGUAUGUGUGAAAGAUGUCUCUCCUGUAUCUGUGAAAGACGUCUCUCCUGUAUCUGUGAAAGACGUCUCUCCUGUAUCUGUGAAAGAUGUCUCUCCUGUAUCUGUGAAAGACGUCUCUCCUGUAUCUGUGAAAGACGUCUCUCCUGUUUCUGUGAAAGACGUCUCUCCUGUUUCUGUGAAAGACGUCUCUCCUGUUUCUGUGAAAGACGUCUCUCCUGUAUCUGUGAAAGACGUCUCUCCUGUAUCUGUGAAAGACGUAUCGUCUCUCCUGUAUCUGUGA